AUGUUACUCGUCUUCAUCAUAGUUUACGUUGUCAUGACCAUCAUUCUCAUUGUCAACCAAGUUCAAAGUAAAGAAGCAGCAAUUACCAGAUGUAAUAAUUUAAAUUCCACAGCAUCUUGUCAAGAUGUGGAAACAUGGAAGAUUAUACGUAAUGCUGUCUUAGCAGGAAUACUCAUAGUAUUUGAGGUUCGUUAUUCAAAAAGAAAUGGAAAUCUUGUUGGCGGUUGUUCUUUGUCAAUUGGCUUAAAAAAAAAAAACCAAAACCAAAAACGUUAUCUCCAGGUAUUUUUCGCUGGGAUCGCUUCGCGUUAUGCAACAGAUCUUGAGAACACGUUCCGUCUUAAACGCAGGCGCGUUGCUCCUACUUCAAGUUUGUCCGUCGCAGGUCUCACGUCCAAGGAGUAUUAUGAUCCACACGCACAUCAUCGCCCUGCUUAA